CCGCUAGCUUCUCCUCGCGAGAGACUUCGUGCUCAUGCUCGCUGCGGGGGUCGGAGGUCAGGGAGAGCGUCUCGCGGGCCAUAGGAGGAAGAUGGCGGUAGAAUCGCGCGUCACCCAGGAGGAAAUUAAGAAGGAGCCGGAGAAGCCGAUCGACCGCGAGAAGACCUGCCCGUUGCUGCUCCGGGUCUUCACCACUAAUAACGGCCGCCACCACCGAAUGGACGAGUUCUCCCGCGGGAACGUACCAUCCAGCGAGCUGCAGAUCUACACUUGGAUGGAUGCAACCUUGAAAGAACUGACUAGUUUAGUAAAAGAAGUCUACCCAGAAGCUAGAAAGAAGGGCACACACUUCAAUUUUGCAAUCGUUUUUACAGAUCUUAAAAGACCUGGCUAUCGAGUUAAGGAGAUUGGCAGCACCAUGUCUGGCAGAAAGGGGACUGAUGAUUCCAUGACCCUGCAGUCGCAGAAGUUCCAAAUAGGAGAUUAUUUGGACAUAGCGAUUACCCCUCCAAAUCGAGCACCACCUCCUUCAGGGCGCAUGAGACCAUAUUAAAUUCUAUUUACUAUUUCUUGAAUUUAUUUUUUAGUCAGUUAUGUAAAAUAAACUUACGUGUUCUUUUUCCUCCUCUGA